AUGGCCACCAAAGAAGAUGAUUUUGACGUCCGUGCUGAGGUCAACUUCCUGAUGCUGGACUACCUGAUCUGCCUCGCGAUUGAAAGAACACUCGAUGCAGCCAAGGUCCUAAACCCCAGCCCAGCACUCCAAGAUGAGGUGAAUUGGACGGUGGACCCCAUUAAAAGUCUGCGUGCAAUCAUCGCUCGCUCCCAGCCGGAGAGCCCUCUACCCCACGAGAUUGAUGUUAGAUGGCGGAUCCUCACGAUUGCCCAUCAACUCUGGAACUACCCCGACCCCCAGUCGCUGACUCACAUCGCGGACGAUGACACCCCGCCUCUUAUGAACAUUGGGAUUGAAUUCCUGAAGAUGUGCGCGGUCGCCGUCGAUAACGUCCACGAGAAGCGAUGGUUCGACGUUGGUGCCGAGUUCAUGCUCCAAUCCGUGCUGCAGGAGCUUCGCGAAGGGAACACACACCCACAGGCACUCGACAAGUUCCGUGCCUGGAAUCCGAGCGGCGAUGAGCUCAUCUCGACGUGGACCGAUUACCGCGAGCGCCGUGCUGCAUUGAUACCGGACUCCACGCAGGAUUACGCGGCAUGGGAAGCUCUCGAUGAGCAGUUUACGUUCGGUUACUUCAAAGAGAUGGUGAUGACAUUCCUCUUCGACCUCAUGGCUGUACUCGAUCCUCCCAUUCUCGUCCAGGCGGAACUAGGCCAAAUCAAUGGCAUGACCCCCGAGGAGACCGAAGAACUGAAGCAGCGAUGUGGUUGGUACGGCCCUGGCCUAUUCUGGUGA